UGUCAGGAGGCACCAGGUUGCAACUUCCUCUGGGAAACAUUGCCCCCAUCCUCGGCCCAAGUUUUACCUAAAGCUUCGAGGUUCUAUGUCCCUUUUGGUGACGAGGCCGAGGAACGUGGUCCAAGCAGACAUGUUUGGACCUUGGCCAUUCAAAGAUCAUUCAAAGUUGAACUGUCCUUCAAGAUCUGUGGCUGAUGUGAUGUGUUACCAAAACACCAUGGUUGCCAACAACAGGCCUUUGAAGAGGAGAAAGAGGGUAACAAUCAACCUCUAUGAUUUCUUAACUUUUUCAGUAGUGGAAGACGCCAUCUCAAACGGACCCUUUCGGUUAAGCGUACGCUGA